AUGCCCAGUGAGCCUUGCCCCCAGCCUGACAAACCCUCGUGUGUCCAUCCAGGAGGCCCAGGAGAAGCUCCGUGGUGAAAUCUAUGAGCAGGCAAACAAGUGCAAUGUGCUCCUGCACCAGCUGAACCAGCGGAGCCGAGCCCUGGACGAGCUGCAGAAGCGGCUGCAGCAACUGCAGGAUGCUGAGCUGGGGGACAAGCAGCACUGGGAGCAGAUGCAGAUGGUUCGCCGUCUGGAGAAGAGUAUUGCGAAGAUGCUGGCCAAAGUCCAGGCUGGAGAGAGGGUGACCGCCCUGUACCUGGCACUGCAGGAUGCCCUGAGGAAGGAGCUGGCCCACCUACCUCUGCCCCUGGACCUCCUGUGCGGGACAGCCAAUAUGUACCAGAGGGAGCUGGAAGACCUGGAGCUCAUGUCCUCGGAUGCCCGCAAAGCCAGUGAUGUCACCAAGGUGGACAUGGCCAAGACAAAUAGCCGGAUCCUGGCAGAGAGAGAACUCGGGUACCGCUCCCCGGGAAAGCAGAAGGUGCCCAUCAACAGAGCCUGGCUGAAGGAAGCAAGGGAAAGGCACCUGAGAGCGCAAGGAAGGUACGAGCGCACCACUGACUUCUCGACCCGGCACCCGGAGGACCCUCUGGAGGGCACCAAGCUGGAAGCCAGCAAGUCCCAGACGGAACAGGAAGCCCGGGUGACCAAGAAGAUGGAGAGGGCCAAGGCUGCAGUGCAGUGCUCCCGCCUCCGGGACAUCCCCAGCAGGCUCCUGGUGCAGCAGAACUCCUCGGGGGACCUGGAGCAGCUCGUCAGGGAGCUCACGGAGAAGACGUCAGUGCUGAAGGAGACCCUGAUGGAGCUGGAGCUGAAGCGGGAUGAGCUCAAGUUUCACCAGCCCCCCAACACAACCAGGAUGCUGGAGGAGGAGCUGAGGGCGAACCUGCAGCGGGAGGAGGCUCGGCUGGAGCAGAUGCGAGCCCAGACGCAGAGGAAUAAGGAGACCCUGCUCGACUUUGAAAGCGGCGUGGAGCACCUCUUCAUCCGUCUGCAGGGCAUCCCUGUGCCCGGGCAGGACGAUUCCGUCAGGGCCGGCAGCGUGGAGGAGAAGCUCCAGCUGUGCAAGCAGAAGCUGCAGUACCUGGUGCAGCGGGUGACCGACCUGCCCCCACACAGGCACAGCCCUGAUGAAGACAACGAGACUUCUGUGAAGGUGAAUCUUCUGGAGAAAACAACAGCCAAGGACCCGCAGAACCUGAAGGUUUCCUUGGAGGACACAGGCAGUCGGGCUCAAG